AUGGAAAGCUUCCUAAGCAAGAUAGAUAAAAUUGAACCAUAUGAUCCCAAAAUAAAGGAUGAGUAUAACCAAUUUAAGUAUGACGUUACUAAACAAGCAGUGGAAUCAUUGAGGGAAAGAAUACCGAGGAGAAUAAUAUAUUUUAACAAAUUAGUAAAUGUAAAUUCAGAACCUGGAAGUAUUUUAGAUGUAAAAGAUUUAGAUGGUAACUCAUAUAGAUAUAAAGUUGAUAAAAUAGAAGAAAGCGUUAGAAAGAGGCAUAAAGUAAAUGAUUGUGAUAAGACAGAAAAAAAGAAAGAUACAUUAGAUGGUGUUAAUAAUAAUACGAAAAAUUAUAUGGGUUUUGAAGGAGAUAAAAAGAUAGUUAUUGAUGAAAAGGUUUUGUAUACACAUUAUGUACCAUCACAUAAACAAAUAUAUGAAGAAUUAGAAAAAAUAAAAUCAUAUGCAUCUGAGUUGAUAGAAAUAAUUGGAAAUAUUAAAUUAUGGAUUCAAUUAAAUGUACCAAGAAUAGAAGAUGGUAAUAAUUUUGGUGUUGGUAUACAGGAAGAAGCAAUACAAGAAUUAGCUAGAGUUGAGGAAAGUGCAUUUAAUUUGUAUGAUGCUAUAGUGAAAUAUUAUAUGGAAAGAGCAAAAUUAUCGACAAAAGUUAUUAAGUACCCGAAUAUUUAUGAUUAUCAAGAAGCCAUAAGAGAAUUAGAUGAAAAGGAAUGGAUCCAUAUAAAAAUUACUAUCAUCGAUAUGAGAAAUAAUUAUAUUAUGCUUUAUGAUUUGUUAUUUAAGAAUUGGGAAAAGGUUGUUAAACCGAAAAAUGAAGAUGCACAUCAUAGGAUGACCUUCUAG